AUGGUAUCCCUUGCCACCGCUUCACGAACCUCGGCGCUACCGGCCACUCCUUCACAACGAUCCAAGAUGCUUCCGACACCGUCCCCCGUUCCGAUCCUCAAGUCCUCGAAGGCCUCCAAGCCGGGUCCCUCGAUCGGCUCGAAACGAAAGAUGAGUGAUAUGGACCUUGAGCUCUCGCCGUCCGCCUCCCAAGAUGACGAAGAGCCGCGUACCAAGAAAAAGCCCCGCGUGCAGUUCGAUAACGACGUCAAGACACACGAGGAUACCUCUUCGGGUUCGUCGGAGAAGAGCCUGGCUGUCGUCCGGGAAGAGGUCCGCGGUGCAAUCCACCAACAUGUCACGAUGUCCGAGAGUGAAGGCUAUGACCGCAUCAAGGGGAUCUUCACCGCCGACCCCAAGAAGCAGGGUGACGAUGGCUUGUUAGCAUAUGAUAUGCCCACACACACAUGUUUGAAGAACCACCUCCUUGGCCUCCUGUCGCAUGUCGCGUCCUUGGACCGGUCCUGCAGCGGCCUGGUCAAUGCGGUCAUCAACAGCGAAUGGCUAGGCCGUGAUGAUGCCUACGUCAAGCUUUUCAUCCGAUUCCUGGGCAACCUCGCCGCUGCGCAAGGUUCUUAUCUUGCCCCUGUGCUAAAGAUGCUGACUUCCAACCUGACUACUGUCCCUCGAGCCAUCGGUCGACUUCCUGGCUACGCAGUCGUGCCAGCUGCCACGGUUCACACCCGUGUGCACACGGCGUUGCGCCACAUCCUGAAACUCAUCCCCGCUGCUAGUGGCUCCUUGUCUCCGAUCCUUACUACUCAGUUCCCGUUCGACUCGGAUCCUGCCAACACCAACAUUGCCUACACCCGCAACCUAAUUCAAAUGAUCCAAUAUGCCCCCGAGCUCCAGUCCGACAUCCUGGCUCUUGUCACUGAGAAGCUUGUCAAAAUCGAUGUGCAAAUUCAAGUUGAUAUGGAAGAUUUCGAAGAUGAGAUUGGCGACAACCUUGUGCACGCGGCCGAGGAAGAGGAAGAGGACGAUGACGAUGCCUCAGUGGCAAGCGAUGACUCGGAUGACGAGGACGGAAAAUCUGGCAAAAAGAUCAAAGAGAACAUCAGCAAAGUCGAUGGCAUGAUUGAUCUGUUGUUUGAGUACUUUGCUCCUCCGUUCAACUCUGGUAGCCUGAACGAUCAAGAGAACGCCUUGGACCUUCUUCUCAGUCACUUCCAGACCAUUAUUCUCCCCACCUACCGAUCUCGCCACACCCAAUUCCUCCUGUUCCACUUCUCGCAAGCAUCCCCGGUGCUUAUUGAUCGUUUCGCCUCAACAUUUGUGCAGCUUAUCUUCAACAAGUUGCAACCCGGCAUCGUGCGCCAGUCCGCAGCCGCAUACUUAGCCAGCUUCGUUGCACGCGGUGCUCAUAUCCCCGGCGAAGUUGUCCGCGAUGUCUUCGACCUUCUUCUCACCCACCUAAACAGUCUGCGAUUGGACUACGAAGGCGCCUGCCGUGGUCCCGACCUCCGUCGCUAUGGUCCCUUCUACUCAACUGCCCAGGCCCUGCUCUACAUCUUCUGCUUCCGCUGGCGCGACUUGACCACCGCCGUUGCCGAAGGCGAUACUUACGACCAGGUGGAUGAACUGGAGCCCAGUCAAAUCACAUUCCCUCCCAACAUCAAAGAGUUCCUCCAAAAGUGCAUCUACUCACGGCUCAAUCCGCUCAAGGUGUGCUCACCGGCCAUCGUUGCGGAGUUCGCCCGUAUUGCCCACCACUUCCAAUUCCUCUAUGUCUAUCCACUGCUGGAGACCAACAAACGAAUGCGUAUCACUGCAUUCCGAAGCAUCUCCACCCUCGCAGAUCCCCGCUUCAGCCACGUCGGUCGUGAAAUCCGUGCUGGUGAUAACAGCGGUUACCAAUUAGACGCAUACUUCCCCUUUGAUCCAUACCAGCUCCCUCGCAGCAGACGUUGGUUGGAAGGGGAUUAUGUCGAAUGGCGUGGUAUUCCUGGCCUGGAUGAUGCCGACGAUUCGGACAGUGGGGUCGACGAGUCUGAUGACGAGGACGGCGAGGAUGUCACUGAAACCGACGAGGAGUGA